AUGGCGGGUGGUUUGGAGGAUAGAGCCGUCAUGUCUAAAGACUGGGACAAGAAUGGGCUCUCCCCAGGACUGAAAUUUGAUUUGAAGAACAUGUGGGAGGGGCAUACACCACACCCUAGGGCUGCCUGGGGCCUGUGUUGGGAUGGAGUCGGUGCCGGGAAUGAUGGCGACGGUGGUGUUGUUGGUGCUGGUGAUGCUUGGGAUAUAUACUGGCCCGGCGUGGUCGAGGACGCCGGAUCUCUGGAUGGAUGA